AUGAACACCAACGGCCACUUCAACAACGCCAUUAGCACUUUCCUUAAAGAGCUCAAUGAGUUUGACGAGGAGAAAUACGACGGCAUCGUCGGGCCUGAUUGCACUGCGCUGAGCAAGAGCUGCUACACCAUCAGGACCGUGUGGAAUUGCUUUAAGGAUGACCAGAAGCUUCACCACUGGUAUCUCCUCUACGUUCUUCAACCCGACCUGCAGAGGGCAGUCUCACACAUCACUUCCAGAGCCGGGUAUAUUGACGACGCAGUCGCCCUUGUCAAUCUUAGUUAUUUGCCAAAAGAAAAGUUUGAGGUCAACAAGAAGAUGGAAUGUGUCACAAAAUUUCCCGAGCAGGUAGAAAACUUUGUGUUUUAUAUCAGGACCGCGAGGGCAGUCCUCCGUGAAAUCCAAGAAAGCCUCUACAAAACGAAGAAGACCAGGAUGUCUCACCGCAUAGAGCUGGCGAAUCUGAUUAGACAAACUGUGCUGCUUUGGAACAGUUUUACGUGCAAGCAGCAACAGUUCUACAUUGAGCUUGUUAUGCUUUUUACCCCAUUUGCGCGCAGCAUCGCCUUGGAUGUCAAGAACACAUGCCCUGAGCACGCUGAUCACGCGGAUAUGCUUUGCAUUGCGAUUGGUGAGCUAGAGUCUUGCAAUGGGCAGAAGGCAGUCUGUGGAUACAAGAGACAGAGGACUGAUUGA